UACAUAUGUUUUUAUUUUUCCGGCUAGUAUAUUGUAUAAAUUUCUCAACUUUCGCACAACUCAUGAAUAUAUUAUUUAUUUUAACCACGUAAAUUUUAUACUAGCCUGAAUUCCGUGUCAGUUAGCGUUUUUGGCUUAUUUGUUCUGAAAUUGGAUCCUUCACUGAUGCAAACUCCGAGGCGACAGAAACACUUGGCACCUUCCGUUACGACCCGAUCCCAACGGUCCUGAUGGUGAAGGAGGCGACCUAAAUUUUUCUGCUGUAAAAGGGCGAAAGAGGCAGCAGUAACAACAGAAAAUCCGCGCCGUCAUGCAAAAACAGUCGCAGGAAGUCACAACUCGGACAAAAGAAAAACACCCCGAAGGGUCCAAGAGAAGGUAGAGUCGAUCCUGAGGUGACCCGAUUAUAUCCAAAUGAAGACUGGUAAAUACGUCGUUAAGGAGCCUCCGAGGAGGAUGGAGAACGAGAAUAACAAGCCGAAGAAUUCCGGCGACUCGUCCCGGUCCAAAUUGAUAAGGUCCGCGACAACGAAGAAACAGACCCCGGUUCUGCCCAAGAAGCCUUACACAUGCGACGGGCCUCCGAAGAAAAACCAGAAGCUAGACGCCUUGACGAAGAUGAAGUCCAGAUACGUUUUCCUGGCGAAAAAGUACAACCGGGUCGCCAAGGAGGUUCAGGAGAAACAAGAUGGGCUUUCAGUUUUGCACAAUAAGCUCGUUGAACUCAAAGGUGAGAUACUGGAGGUGAACUGCAAAGAAAAUAUAGAAGUGCCCCAACUGAAGAUCGGUAUAAUCAGCCAAAGAGUUGAGGUUGACGAUUUAGGUGAUUCCGGCGAUGCCGGUUCGAUGAACACUGGCAGAAACCUCCUUACUUUACAGAAAGAAUACAAUAAAGUCUAUCGAGACUUGGCAGAAGUAGUUUUACCACAGGCAAACGCCAUUAAAAAGGAGCUAAACGACCAGCUUUACAUUAGCGAGAAAAAAUGCAGAGAGCUGCACAGGCAACUCGCAGAGGAAAGGAGCCAUAGAUCCGAAGACGGGUUCAAAUGCGCUCGGGCCAAACUGGAAGAGCUGGAACAGAAGCAGGCCACCCUGGACGAGAUAAACUACCAGAAGUUCCUUGCGGAAGAAGAAAACGAGAAGAUCUCCCAGGUGAACGACUCCCUCAAACUGGAGAUGGCCAACAUCAAAAUGAAAAACCAGGAAUUGGAACGGGAACUGGCGGAAUUGAAGAAAACCGAACUUUCGAAAUCGGGCGAAGAAAAAGAUGAAAAGACCAUGUCGAUACAUCUGCUCCAAGAGGAGAACAAAGCUCUGAAAGAUGUGCUCUCGGAACUCAGAACGGAUCACAAGAUGCUCCAGCAGGCUUAUAACGAUCUCAAAACCGAUUUCGAUACGCUGCUCAUCAACAAGGAUAAAGACAUUUUAGACAACGAGAAGCUGACAAAGUCACUCAUCAAGGCGACCCAGGAGGCCGAUAAUUACAAACGUGAAGUUGAAUGUUUUAAAAACGAAUUGAAAAUCGCAAUCAAGGAGAAAGCAGAACUCUCGUCAACGGUGUUUAAGCUAAAGGAAAAAGUGGCUAAAUUUAAAACGAGCCAUGGAACGUCGAAGAAAACAAAACUAAUACCGUGCAAAAUACUGCCAGACAAUAUAUCAUCAUUAACAACCCAGUUUAAGGCGCUUCAAGACGAAAAUGAGAAGCUUUUGAUGGAAAUUGAGAAGAAAGAUGAGCAAUACGACAAUCAGAUGAAGAGAUUUGAACAGAGGGCGCACGAAUACAUAUCCGAGUCGAGAAAUCUCUCAUCUACGAUCGAAAAGUUCCAAAGGAACAAAGAAAAGUUGGAAAGCGAAUUGAAGUCUCUGAAAAAUCGACUCGCAAGCUAUGACGCCAAGUUAAAAGGGGUAAGCAAGUGCCAGUGCCCUCGGCUGAAAGAGGAAAUGAACAGCCAAAACCUUACAAUCCGCUGUUUAAACAAGAAACUGAAAUCGAUGUCUUACAAAUACCAAAUGCUCAAAGAAGAAUACCAGAAGUCGAGGAUGACGAUUCAAGACUACUCGAGCAGAGGGUGAUUUCCGUUUGUGGUUUACAGUCCAAUACUGUAAACGAGGCACACAUUAACUGACCUGGGUCGGGCAAAGUGUGCGUCGCGAAUAGCCAAGUAAAACGAUGCUGAUUAUUUAGGAUUUUGCAAGUUGAACUCAGUUUGUUUACUGAAGUCAAACGAUGUCCGCUACCGGUGUAAGUUUGAUACCGUGAAAUGAAUUUCAGUUAAUAUAAAUUUCAACAAACUAUAAA